AUGCCUGCCAAUCAUCCCACUCUGGCCCAAACGUACCUCCAGCGAUCGGAGCAGGCCAACCUCACCCCUCUCGCGACAUAUCUCCUCCGCUUGAUGCACUACAAGCAUACCAACCUCUGCGUAUCAGCCGACGUCACCACCACGAACGAGCUGCUCCGGAUCGCAGAGGAUGUAGGGGACCACAUCUGCAUUCUCAAGACACAUGCCGACAUCAUUGGCGACUUUGGAGAGAAGACCAUUCGAGGCCUGAACGAGAUCAGCAGGCGAAAGAAGUUUCUGGUGUUUGAGGACAGGAAAUUCGGCGAUAUUGGAAACACGGUUCAGCAGCAGUAUGCGGGUGGGCCAUUGACCAUCGUUCGUUGGGCGCCGAUUGUCAAUGCACACAUCUUCCCGGGACCAGCAAUCAUUCCAGCUCUUGCUGCUGCUGCUCACAAGGCAAUUGCCGCCCACAAUACCUCCGUGCAGACAGACAUUAGCGCUUCACCUGCCGCUUCCGUGGGGGAUGACUACGAAUAUGGCGACGAUGAGGGCCACGGCUAUAAUGGCGACCACACAGACGACGAAUAUGAUGACCUGGAGCGUAAAGCUCGCAAACCUUCAGUGGUGUCAGUGAGCACCACCAUCAGCAUGAAGUCUGAGGCGUUGAGUCCACAGCCACACCAGCGACCUCCAAUCUCGCGAACGUCCUCAGCCGACGGCACUGCGGAGGAUAAGGAUGACGCGGAAGCUCUGGAGCAACUGGGGCCUCCGCCUUUCUUCCGUUCGCUACUCCUCCUAGCCCAGAUGUCGUCUGCCAAUAACUUCUUUUCGUCCGAGUAUACGGCGGCAUGCGUUCAUCACGCUCGAGAAAACAAGGAGUUUGUCAUGGGCUUUAUUGCACAGCAGUCGCUCAACCAGAAGCCAGACGACAACUUUGUCACCAUGACUCCGGGCGUGCAGCUGCGGUCGGGUGGCGAUGGUCUUGGACAGCAGUAUAACACUCCGCAGAAGGUGAUCGGCGAGGCCGGUACAGAUGUCAUAAUCGUGGGACGUGGUAUCAUUGCAGCUGCAGACCGGAAAGCGGCAGCACGUGAGUACCAGAAACAGGGCUGGAUUGCCUACCAUGAGCGUCGCGCGCGUGCGGCAAAGGAUCAGAGACGAUAG